AACAAUUCAAUUAAAACAUCGAAAUACAACUUCUUCACUUUCCUGCCUCUCAACUUGUUUGAACAGUUUCAGCGGAUAGCCAAUGCUUACUUUCUUUUCUUGCUGAUUUUGCAGUUGAUUCCUCAGGUUUCCUCGCUGUCGUGGUUUACAACGGUGGUGCCGCUAGUGCUGGUGCUGGCUGUAUCGGGAGUCAAGGAUGCUAUCGAUGAUUUUAAUCGACACAAAAGCGACAAACACGUCAACAACCGCCCAGUCCAGGUCCUCAUCAAUGGCAUGUUAAAGGAUGAAAAAUGGAUGAAUGUCCAAGUGGGGGAUAUAAUAAAACUAGAAAACAACAACUUUGUGACAGCCGACCUACUGUUGCUCUCCAGCAGCGAGCCACACAGCCUGACGUACAUCGAGACAGCGGAACUGGAUGGUGAAACAAACCUGAAGGUGAAGCAGGCACUGACAGUCACUGCAGAGCUCGGAGAAGAUCUUCAGAAACUGACAGAGUUCAAUGGUGAAAUCAAAUGCGAGGCACCAAAUAACAAACUGGACAAGUUCACAGGAACUCUUACUCUUCAAGGAGAGAAAUAUGCCCUGGACAAUGAGAAAAUGUUGCUGAGAGGCUGUACUAUUAGGAACACAGAAUGGUGCUUUGGUCUAGUUAUUUAUGCUGGGCCAGACACCAAACUAAUGCAGAACAGUGGAAAAACAACUUUUAAACGGACGAGCAUUGACAGGCUCAUGAAUGUCCUUGUGUUGGUGAUCUUUGCAUUUUUAGCACUGAUGUGUUUUAUCCUAGCCAUUGGCAAUGGCAUCUGGGAAUAUGACAAAGGCUACUACUUCCAAGUCUAUCUGCCCUGGGCAGAAGGCGUCAACUCUGCCUCCUACUCCGGCUUCCUCAUGUUUUGGUCAUACGUGAUCAUUCUAAACACGGUGGUGCCAAUUUCACUCUAUGUCAGUGUAGAGAUUAUACGCUUGGGUAACAGCUUCUACAUUGACUGGGACCGUAAAAUGUAUUACCCGCCGAAAGACACACCUGCUCAGGCCCGUACCACUACACUCAAUGAAGAGCUGGGGCAGAUCAAAUACAUCUUUUCAGACAAAACAGGAACUCUCACUCAGAACAUUAUGUGUUUCAACAAGUGCUCCAUCAACGGCAAAUCCUAUGGUGAUGUCUAUGAUAUGUCCGGACAAAGAAUAGAAAUAAAUGAGAACACAGAGAAGGUUGAUUUCUCAUACAACCCAUUAGCCGACCCAAAGUUUGCCUUCUACGACCACAGUCUGGUUGAAGCUGUGAAGCUGAGUGAUGUUCCAACACACAGGUUCUUCCGGCUGCUCUCACUUUGUCACACAGUGAUGCCAGAGGAGAAGAAGGAAGGUAACUUGGUUUAUCAGGCCCAGUCUCCUGAUGAGGGCGCCCUUGUCACUGCUGCAAGAAACUUUGGAUUCGUGUUCCGGGCUCGCACACCAGAGACCAUCACCGUGGUGGAAAUGGGAGAAACAAAAAUCUACAAACUCCUCGCCAUUCUUGAUUUCAACAAUGUUCGCAAGCGAAUGUCUGUUAUUGUGCGGAGUCCAGAAGGUGACUUGACUUUGUACUGCAAGGGUGCUGACACCAUUCUUUACGAACUGCUUCAUUCAUCCUGUGACUCUCUCAAAGAAGAGACCACAGAACACCUGAAUGAGUUUGCUGGUGAAGGUCUGAGGACACUCGUGGUGGCCUAUAAAAACUUGGAUGAAGACUACUUUCGGGACUGGAUCAGGCGUCACCAUGAAGCAAGCACUGCCUUGGAAGGACGGGAAGAUAAAUUGUCAGAGUUAUAUGAAGAGAUUGAAAAAGAUCUAAUGCUGCUAGGUGCCACAGCAAUUGAGGACAAGUUACAAGACGGAGUCCCACAGACAAUAGAGACUCUUGCCAAGGCCAACAUUAAGAUAUGGGUUCUCACUGGAGACAAGCAAGAGACGGCAAUGAAUAUUGGUUACUCCUGCAACUUGCUGAAUGAUGACAUGGAAGAUGUCUUCAUUAUUGAAGGCAGCACAGCUGAUGAUGUACUUAAUGAGCUGAGAAAUGCAAGGAAAAAGAUGAAGCCAGACUCCUUUUCAGACAGUGAUGAAAUCAAUGUUCAGUUUGAAAAAUCUUCAAAAAACCCAAAAAUUAUACCCGAUGAGCAAGCAAAUGGAGUAUAUGGUCUGGUCAUCACUGGCCACAGCCUGGCUUACGCGCUGGAAGGGAAUCUAGAGCUGGAGCUGGUGAGAACCGCCUGCUUGUGCAAAGUGGUGAUCUGCUGCCGGGUGACUCCACUGCAGAAGGCCCAGGUGGUGGAGCUGGUGAAGAAAUACAAGAAGGCUGUGACCCUGGCAAUCGGAGAUGGCGCCAACGAUGUCAGCAUGAUCAAAACUGCCCACAUCGGGGUUGGUAUCAGCGGCCAGGAGGGGAUGCAGGCAGUCUUGUCCAGUGACUUCUCCUUUGCACAGUUCCGUUACCUGCAGCGAUUGCUCCUGGUCCAUGGCCGGUGGUCCUACAUUCGCAUGUGCAAGUUCCUCAAAUACUUCUUCUAUAAGAAUUUUGCUUUCACAUUGGUGCAUUUCUGGUAUGGCUUCUUCUCUGGAUUCUCAGCACAGACUGUCUAUGAUGAGUGGUUCAUUACACUUUACAAUUUGGUAUAUACCUCUCUCCCGGUGCUAGGAAUGAGCCUCUUCGAUCAGGAUGUGGAUGAUCGUUGGAGUAUUCGUUUUCCUCAGCUGUAUGUUCCUGGCCAGCAAAACCUCUACUUUAACAAAAUGGUGUUUGUCACAUGCAUGUUGCAAGGGAUUUACAGUUCCCUCAUUCUCUUCUUCAUCCCCUAUGGGGCCAUGUACAAUACAAUGAGAAGUGACGGGAAGGCCAUUGCUGACUACCAGUCCUUUGCACUAAUGGCCCAGACCUGCUUACUGAUUGUGGUGUCUGUACAGAUUGGCUUGGACACUUCUUACUGGACAGUUGUGAACCAGUUCUUCAUCUGGGGCAGCCUUUCUGUUUACUUUGCUAUCACCUUCACCAUGUAUAGUGAUGGCAUGUACCUGAUCUUCACAGCCGCCUUUCCCUUUGUUGGUACGGCUCGAAACACCCUCAGCCAACCAAAUGUGUGGCUAGCAAUCUUCCUCAGCAUCACCCUCUGUGUGCUCCCUGUAGUUGGCUUUCGAUUCCUGAAGACUCAGUUAAAGCCAACUCCCAGCGACAAGGUCCUGCUCAAGAUCAAAGAGGACAAAAAGCGGCCACCGCCACCCUCACCCAAGAGACGCUUGCGUCGGACCAGCACCCGUCGCUCCGGUUACGCCUUCUCCCAUCAGCAUGGCUUCGGAGCACUCAUUAUGUCUGGGAGAAACAUGCGGCCAAAAUCACCUUUUGCUACAACGGGAACUUUUUCACCAAAUAGUGACAAGCAUAAACACAAAGGACUGUAA